AUGGCAUCCCGCAUCGACAUGGCUCUUGGUACCCUAGUUGCUGCUUUUCACGACUAUGCGAAGAAACACAAUGACGGGACCACCAUCAACAAGAAGGAGUUGAAGGAACUGAUUGAGAAGGAGGUGUCCCUUGGACAGAAAGUCAAUGAUAAAGAGAUUCAAGGUCUGAUGGGUGAUCUGGAUCGCAACGGAGACGAGAAGCUGGACUUCAAGGAAUAUCUGACCCUCCUGGGUCGUUUGGCAGUGCAUUACAAUGAGGGACUGAAAGGCGCCCACUGA